UCCGCCCGGACUCCGAUGAAAGAGAACGUGCAGCUCGGGGCUCUCCCCCGCACCCGCGGUGUCACACUGCCCUCCCCCUCCCUCGGCACCGCCUGUCCAAUCAGAGGCCGCCCCUACCCUGGCCCCGCCCACGCGCGCAUUGACCUCACGGCACAGCCUCCAGCCGUUCGACGGCGCGGCCAAUCGGCGCCCAGAAGCCCAGCGAGGUCCCGCCCUCCCGGCCGUCAUCCGCCCGGCCCCGCCCCCCACCGUCCCCCCCUUUCUCCUCUCUGCUCCCUCCCCGCACCGAGCGCCUGGCGGCGGCGGGCAGCGCAGCCCAGUCCUGUCCGUGCCGGCAGCGGCGCCAGCUCGGGGCUCGGCGGCAUGGAGUGCGCGGCGGCGGGCGCCGAGUUCAACAUCCUCCUCGCCACCGACUCCUACAAGGUUACACACUACAAGCAAUAUCCACCCAAUACAAGCAAAGUAUAUUCCUACUUUGAAUGUCGUGAAAAGAAGACUGAAAAUUCCAAGUUAAGGAAAGUGAAGUAUGAAGAAACUGUUUUUUAUGGUUUGCAGUACAUUCUGAAUAAAUACUUAAAAGGUAAAGUGGUGACCAAAGAAAAAAUCAAAGAAGCCAAAGAAGUGUAUAGGGAGCACUUUCAAGAUGAUGUCUUCAAUGAAAAGGGAUGGAACUAUAUUCUGGAGAAAUAUGAUGGCCAUCUUCCUAUAGAAAUAAAGGCUGUUCCUGAGGGCUCUGUCAUUCCCAGAGGAAAUGUUCUCUUCACAGUAGAAAACACAGAUCCAGAAUGCUACUGGCUCACAAAUUGGAUUGAGACUAUUCUUGUUCAGUCGUGGUAUCCGAUCACAGUGGCUACAAAUUCUAGAGAGCAGAAAAAGAUUUUGGCCAAAUACUUGCUGGAGACUUCUGGCAGCUUAGAAGGACUGGAGUAUAAACUGCAUGACUUCGGCUACAGAGGAGUUUCUUCACAAGAGACUGCAGGAAUAGGAGCUUCAGCUCAUUUGGUGAACUUCAAAGGAACAGACACUGUAGCUGGAAUUGCGUUAAUUAAGAAGUACUACGGAACAAAAGAUCCAGUUCCAGGAUAUUCUGUUCCAGCUGCUGAACACAGUACCAUAACAGCUUGGGGGAAGGAUCAUGAAAAAGAUGCUUUUGAACACAUAGUGACACAGUUUUCUUCAGUGCCUGUAUCUGUGGUUAGUGACAGCUACGACAUUUACAAUGCUUGUGAAAAAAUAUGGGGCGACGACUUACGGCAUAUAAUUGAAGGCCGAAGCCCAGAGGCACCACUUAUAAUUAGACCGGAUUCUGGGAAUCCCCUUGAUACUGUUUUAAAGGUCUUGGAGAUCUUAGGGAAGAAGUUUCCCAUUACAGAGAACUCUAAAGGCUACAAAUUGCUGCCACCAUAUCUCAGAGUUAUUCAAGGGGACGGAGUGGAUAUCAACACGUUGCAAGAGGGAAUGCUGGUAGAACAGAUUGUGGAGGGAAUGAAGAAGAAUAAAUGGAGUAUUGAAAAUAUUGCCUUUGGAUCUGGUGGAGCUUUGUUGCAGAAACUAACUAGAGAUCUCUUAAACUGUUCCUUCAAAUGUAGCUACGUGGUAACCAACGGUCUUGGGGUAAAUGUCUUCAAGGAUCCAGUAGCUGAUCCAAACAAACGGUCAAAGAAAGGCCGACUGUCUUUGCAUAGGACACCUGCUGGAGACUUUGUGACACUUGAAGAAGGAAAGGGAGAUCUUGAAGAGUAUGGGCAGGAUCUCCUUCAUACGGUAUUUAAGAAUGGGAAGGUAACGAAGUCGUAUUCAUUUGAUGAAGUAAGACAAAAUGCCAGGCUGAAGAACAGUGAACUAGAAAUGGCGUCUCACUAAGUUUCAUUCCAUGUCUGUGUAUGUGUGUAACAAGUAUGUACUGCAUAGCUACUGGAUUUACUGUACAGAUCUGUGUGUUUGUGUUUUAUGACAUUGUAGCCAAAUUAUUUGUUGGUUUAUGGACAUACUGCCCUAUCUUUUGCCAGCCUUUAGAAAAGAUAAAAUCAGGAAAUGGUACUUACAUUGUAAAACAUAUUUAAUGCUAAAGUGUGCUUUUUAGGGCCCUUUGCCAGUAGUGAUUCAAUCUGGUAUUGAUCUUUUCACAAAUGAGACAGAGCUGAACUUUUUUAUAUAUAACAGAAUAUCACAAAAUGGAUUUACAUAAAAUUAUCAUGAUUGCUUUAUGUUUAUAUUUAACUUGUAUUUUUGUACAAACAAGAUUGUGUAAAAUAUAUUUAAAGUUUCAAUAAUUAAGUCUUUCCAACUUUUCAUGAUUUUUAUGAGCACAGACUUUCAAGAAAAUAUUUGGUGGGGGGGAGAAUCCAUUGCCUUUUGUCCAUUAAUCAGCAAAUAAAACACGGCCUUAAAGUUUGUUGUGACAUUGUACCAUUUGACGACUAAAUCAGGACUUGUAUCUCCUUAAGAUCCUUUAGAAUUGCUGACCUCACCGUUUCUUGUAGUUGUCUGUAUUAGUUAAUCUGCAGCGAAGAAAAUUCCUGUUCUUUUUAGAAGGUUUAGGUACUUACAGGCCUUGCUGGCGCAGUAAGGUAUGUAAAUGGAAUGCCAAAUUUGAAAGGAUUCUCUACUGCAACUUAACUUGCCAAGUCUAUCCCACUUGGCAUAUGCACCUCAGUAUUUUAAGAGUAAAGUUUUUAAGAGAUCUCCUCUUCCACUAUAGAAUAUAUGUGUAAAAUAUUGAAAUAUGGAAGCGGUGUAUUUUAAAGUAAUUACACUUCUGGGUUUAUUUUUCAUAUACUGUAAGUGACAUGACUUUAAAGCAGAAUACUGGACUCGGUAGUGCACUUUUUUACUUUUUUGUAUUUUUUUCAUUGAUUUGCCUUUUGUCAGACUGGAUGUUAAAUUGUAAAAAAUGUUUAACUAUUUUUGUUAACAACUUUAAUAAAACUUUAUGCUAGCCAAACUCCUACAUGAAUGGCAGAGCUGUUUCCCCUUCUCCCCCAUCUCACUGGGGCGAGGAGGGGCUUCCAUUUUGCAGAGGGUAACUGUAAGCAGUGUUCGAGAGACUUCUGACCUGUCUGCACCUGAUUGUACGAGCUCUCUGCGUGUGCUUGACUUAAAUAUCUGCUGGAAAACGAAACUGUUGAGGAUUUCAUUUGAGAAGCUAUGUAGUAACCUCUGAAAUGUUAGUACUGUAGGCUGGCUCUCGCUACAGAAGGAAUACCUCCCUUUCUUAAAAAAAAAACAAAACAAAACAACAACAACAGCAAAAGCAAACGGCUUCUGUAUUAUUUUAAUGAUCAACUAUCGAUGACUUCAUAUACUGAUGUAAUUAAUGCUUCUAAUUAGGAAAUGAUGUUAAAGGAAAAUGUUAGAGGUCCUCUGAAAUCUCUUAAGCCUAGAAAAGUUAUACAAAACAUGCAUUUAAAGGAAGAUUGAAAAGCCAUACUUUAUUGUUUUUCUCUCACCAAAAAGGGCCACAUCAAAGCAUUUAGAAUCUUUCUAGGGUUUGUGGUUAAGAUAUUUAUGCCCGAUCUCAAUAGUUCUUGUUAAUAAAAUCUUGUUUUCCACCCUUAGUGUAUGUAAUUAUACAUUUAAGUGAUGUAUUGUUUCAAAAAUAGCGCUCUAGUAAAACUUUAAAUGCUGACCUUCCACGCUGAGGAACUACCUUCCCUUUGCUAUUAGUGAUACUGUUUGUAUUUGGCCAAGAAGGGAUUUAAAUCUGGACUUGGUACCAAUAGCAGGUCAAUAGUACAGAGCCUAUUUUACUCCUCCACGUGUGUACUAGGGAAUUUUAUGAUGUACAGUUUAAAAGGAAAAAAGUAAAUGCUGCUUUCAUUCUGUACCAAUAAAAUUUUUGAUAACUAUUAACUACCCAUAACUGAUAUUUUUGUAUUUGGGAACUGAGGGUAUGCUGUGGAAGCACUGUUUUCUUUUGUAUCAUGAUGUGCAUCAGUAUUUGUUCAGUGUUGUCUAAAAUGUAGCUUGCUGGUUGGAGUCUUAAAGCAAAUUCUCUGUGUGUGCACGUCACUCUUGGAAGGUUGUCAUGUCACUCAUCUUGGUAAAUGCUGAUAUAUUUUAAAGGAGGGGACUUGGGGAGAAAAACACCUGGUGCUAUUCAGACCCAAAUACGUGUUUCUGUGUGUUUGACAGUUUGUCGUUCUGGGCAUCCAGGAGUUGACAGAAGUUACUGCAGUGCUUAAACCAUACGGUAUCCUAAUUCUUCCACAUAAAAGCAAACGGCAUGUUUAAGCUUGCUUUAAAUUACUAGAUUUGUAGUCAUCGAUAUAUUUUAAUUAUCCCCAUUUCAUAAUAUAACACAGUAUUUGUAUUUAAAAAUAGGUAUUGGGAGUUUUGUGUUAAUACUUUAUUUGUAAUCAUAUUUAGCAUAAGAAAUGGAUUUUAUAAAACUAUUUUUCUUGAGCUGCAUGAUUAUGAAAAGAUGGGGUUUUUUCCUACUUUGAAAGAUGGGAGGAGAGAAGAGAAAGGUACUUAACUGUUUGGAUUGCCAAAAUCAAAACGAAGUUGAAACAUUUUUUCCUGUAGGUUUUUACAUUCCUUCUUAACCUGUUUAGUGAAGAAUAAAUAUUCCUCACUUAAAUCCUCUGUUAAAGUAAUUCUAAUGUACUUGGCAUCAAAUACCAGUAUGUAAUACACAUGGAAAUAAAGUUUAGUUCUGGCAGUGAAAAUAA